GAAUACACAAUUGUGGAGUUCGAAUAAAUCUAUAAGAUGUUACAAAAUCAACUGAUAAGGAUCAAUGAUAAGAUAUAAAUACUCAUAAGUUUUUUCUUUUGAUUCAGAAAUAGAGAUAUACUUUAAACCUGUGACCAAGAUAUGAUACGAACACUUACAGAGAAAGAAUUUCACGCAGAUAUAGUUUCAAAACAUACUGAUGUUAUCGGUGAGAAACUAGGAGGUAAAAUCUUGUCAUUUUCUGACGAAUUCUUUGCUGAUGCUGAAAACCUCAUCAAGCCUAAACCUCCUAUUAGAGAUGCAACCAGAUUCACUUAUGCCGGUGCAUGGUAUGAUGGGUGGGAAACAAGAAGACAUAAUCCUGAAGAUGCAGAUUGGGUUACUUUUAAACUAGGAGUCAGCUCAGCUUUUUUGAUUGGUUGCGAAGUAGAUACCGCGUUCUUCAAUGGUAACCAUGCCCCUUAUAUUUCAGUUGAGGCAGUUCAAAGUUUUGAAAAUGACAAUUUAGAAAAUAUUGGUGAAGAGGAUUGGGAAGAAGUGAUUCCUAAAACAGAAUGUGGACCUUCCCAAAGACACUUCUUCUCGAGAGACAAUCUAACUGUUAAGAAUUAUACCCAUGCCAGGUUAAGAAUGUAUCCUGAUGGAGGGAUAGCCAGAUUCAGAUUAUAUGGUACGGUGGUUCCAGUUUUUUCAAAGUCGGAUGAAGGAACUCUCAUAGAUUUAGCUUCAGUUAAAAAUGGUGGUGUUGCAGUUAAUGUAAGUGACCAACAUUUUGGUACUGCUGAUAAUUUGUUGCUUCCUGGACGAGGACAUGAUAUGUCGGAUGGUUGGGAAACUAAAAGAUCAAGAAAACCAGGACAUACAGAUUGGGUGAUUAUCAAAUUAGGAACCGCUGCUAGAUUACAACAGAUUGUAGUAGACACUGCUCAUUUUAGGGGCAAUUUUCCGCAAUUGGUCAAUGUUCAAGCUGCCAGUAUUGAAAAUGAUCAAUUAUUAGAUCUUGCAAAUUGGGAUGUCAUUGUUCCUGAUUCUAAAACUGGUGCUGAUAAAGAACACCUUUUUAAUAUAGAAGGAAAUUUUGAGGAUAAGGUAUAUACGCAUAUCAAAUUAACCAUCAUUCCUGAUGGAGGUGUAAAGAGGGUUCGAGCAUUUGGUGAAAUUGCAAAUAUAAACUAGAAAGAAAAAACAAUGUCUAGAGAUCUGUUACAUAGUAAAGUAAGAUCGUUAUUUUCUGUCGAGCAUAUGACUAAUUGUCAUUGACUAAAUUAUGGUAUCAUGUCGUUAGAAUGGGCAAUGUAUUAGUCUUGAAAGUGACAAUUAGGAGGUAAUAUUCAGCACAUUUUAAACAUGGAGAAGUAAUCUUAUUUCUCGAACAUUGCAAAAAAAAAAAAUUUAAGACUGAGAAAAAAAAAGUUUAUAUAGAUUGUUCAAUAAGUAUGAAUAAAUUAUUAGCUU